AUGGAUUCUCUACCAGAAGAAUUUUUUGUGAGGGAUCUUCCUCUGGAAGAGCAGGCUACAGAGGAAACCAAGAAAAAGGUAGAAAAAUCAACUGAUCAACUGGACAAACAGGAAAAUGACGCACCUACUGAUCUUGUCCCUGUUAACCUACUAUUAGAAGUGAAGAAAUUAUUGAAUGCAAUUAACACUCUACCAAAAGGUGUGGUUCCUCACGUCAAGAAGUUCUUACAAGAAGAUUUUUCCUUCCAAACUAUGCAGAGAGAAGUUGUAGCCAAUAGCCAGAAUGGGGAGGAAAUUGUUCCUGCUUUGACCUUACGUUUCUUAAUAACACGACUGGAAGCAGCACUUAGGAACAUUCAAGCUACUAAUUAUACUGCACAUCAGAUUAAUAUUGGUUAUUACCUGACAUUACUGUUUUUGUAUGGAGUAGCACUCACUGAAAGAGGAAAGAAAGAGGAUUAUAUAGAAGCUGAGAAUAAAUUUCUAGUGAUGAAGAUGGUGAUCCAAGAAAAUGAAAUUUGUGAAAACUUUAUGUCAUUAGUUUAUUUUGGUCGUGGUUUGCUUCGAUGUGCUCAGAAGAGAUAUAAUGGAGGACUGCUAGAGUUUCAUAAAAGCUUACAAGAAAUAGGAGAUACAGAUGAUCAUUGGUUUGAUAUAGAUCCUACAGAAGAUAAAGAUUUACCUACAACUUUUAAAGACCUUCUUAAUAAUUUCAUCAAGACAACUGAGGGUAAUAUAAUGAAGCAGACCAUUUGCAGUUAUUUAGAUUGUGAGCGAUCUUGUGAAGCUGACGUUUUAAAGAACACCAAUUAUAAGGGAUUUUUUCAGUUAAUGUGCAGUAAGAGCUGCUGUGUUUACUUCCAUAAAAUUUGUUGGAAAAAGUUCAAGAAUUUAAAAUAUCCAGGUGAAAAUGAUCAGAGUUUUAGUGGAAAAAAAUGUUUAAAGGAAGGAUGUACUGGUGACAUGGUAAGGAUGCUGCAAUGUGAGGUACCUGGAAUUGUCAAAAUUUUGUUUGAAGUUGUGAGAAAGGAUGAAUAUAUAACCAUUGAAAAUUUAGGAGCAAGCUAUAAAAAGUUGAUGUCUCUGAAAAUAACUGAUACUGAUAUAAGACCGAAGAUCAGUUUAAAAUUUGGUACAAAAGAUGAAAUGCCUAUCUUCAAACUUGAUUAUAAUUAUUUCUAUCAUCUGCUUCAUAUAAUUAUUGUUUCUGGUACUGACGUUGUUCGGCAAAUAUUUGAUGAGGCUCUGCCACCCCCUCUUUUGAGAAAAGAGCUUCUUAUACACAAGAAUGUACUGGAGCCCUACUACAACCAUCUUUGGACCAAUCACCCUUUGGGUGGAGCAUGGCAUCUGCUUUAUCCCCCAAACAAGGAGCUACCACAGUCCAAACAGUUUGACUUAUAUCUCCUAUUAGCUCUCAUAAAACAUUUGAAUGUGUUCCCUGCGCCCAAAAAAGGCUGGAAUUUGGAACCACCACCUUCUGAUCUCUCUAAGUCUGCAGACAUCUUGAGGCUGUGCAAAUACAGGGAUAUCCUCCUUAGUGAGAUUUUGAUGAAUGGUCUCACUGAGUCACAAUUCAAUUCAAUUUGGAAAAAAGUUUCAGAUAUUCUUCUGCGCCUUGGGAUGAAGAAAGAAGAUAUUGACAAAGUGAAGGAGAACCCCAUUGAGAAUAUCUCCCUUGAUUACCAUCAGCUGUCCGUCUACCUAGGCAUACCCGUACCAGAAAUCAUCCAGAGGAUGCUAUCCUGCUAUCAACAAGGAAUUGCUCUACAGUCAAUAACUGGCAGUCAACGUAUUGAAGUAGAAGAGUUACAAAAUGAAGAACUAAGUCCACCUCUUAUGGAGUACAAUAUAAAUGUGAAAUCAAUCCCUGAAAUACAGUUAGCAGAAAUGAAUAAAGAUGGGGCAUCGAUACUGAGUGAAUCUUCAACAGAAUCUAUUAAAGAUCUCCAGGAAGUUAAGAGUAAACCAAAGAAAAAGAAAAAGACCAAGAAUAAAAAGAAUAAGGAAUCAAAAGAAGAGCAAGUCCCAAAUAUGAUAGGAAAGGAAGAGCAGUUGAAGAAAGAACAAGCAAAUCUGUAUGCAAUCAGUAGAUUUAUGAAAGAUGAUGCAAGCAAUAUUCAAGAAGAUUCUACAACUGAAGACAAGUUCUAUAGUCUGGAUGAAUUGCAUAUUCUGGACAUGAUACAGCAGGGCUCAACCAAGAUAACUACAGAAUAUGGAGAAACUGAGAAGGAAAAGCUCGCUCGACAACGGCAGCUUUGUAAAUUGCACUAUCAGUGUGAAGAUUUCAAAAGACAGUUGAAAACAGUGACUUUGUGGUGGCAAGAAAACCAAAUGCAGAUUAAAAAGAAAGAUAAAAUCAUCGCAUCUCUUAACCAACAAGUGGCUUUUGGAAUCAGUAAGAUGUCCAAGUUACAGCGUCAGAGCCAUGCUAAAGAUAAUGAAAUUAAGAACCUUAAAGAGCAACUUUCUAUGAAAAGAUCUCAGUGGGAAAUGGAGAAGCAUAAUCUGGAAAGCACGAUUAAAACAUACUUAAACAAACUGAAUGCAGAAACUAGCAGGGCUUUAACAGCUGAGGUAUAUUUCUUACAGUGUCGUAGAGAUUUUGGUUUGCUUCAUCUAGAGCAGACUGAAAAGGAAUGCCUCAGUCAGCUUGCCAGGGCGACUCGUAUGGCAGCAAGCAACCUAAAAUCACUUCAAUUAAAGGCUGCAGUAGACAGUUGGAGUGCCAUUGUGACAGAUGUUAGAAACAAGAUUACAUUCCUCAGGACACAAUACAAUGAACAGAUUAGCAAGGUGAAGCAAGGGUUUGCCUUGAGUACACUGCCUCCAAUCCAUCUUCCUCCACCACCUCCCAGCCCUGAGAUACUGAUGCAGCAGUUCUUGGGAAGACCCAUCGUGAAAGAAUCUUUCUUUAGACCCAUACUCACUGUUCCUCAAAUGCCUGCCGUUUGUUCUGGAAUUGUCUCUGCAACUGGUCCAUCUAGAUCUCCCUUGAUGACUAGCAUAGCCUGGACACUACCAGCUCCUGUGGGAGAAGCUAUGCCUCCCAGUGCAAGUCUAGGAAGUGAUCCCCUUAUGAUGAAUUGGGAGAAGAUUACAGAGAGGCUGAAAACUGCCUUUCCACAGCAGACCAGAAAGGAGCUUACAGAUUUCUUACGGAAAUUGAAGGAUACUCAUGGGAAGUCCUUAUCUGGACUGACAUUUGAUGAAAUUGUUCACAAGAUUUCCCAAUUUAUUGACCCCAAGAGAUCUCAAAGUCAAGGAAAAUUAGUGCCAAAUGGUAACCGUGUUUCACCUAGCCAUACUCCAUCACAGGCUAAUGCUAUCCAGCCCUCAAAACCAGCCCAGAGGCCCCUUGGUUCACAAGGCUCUGUCACACAGGAAGGAGCCAAUCAUUUGGAUGAUGAGGAAGAAGAGCCUUGUGUGAUCUGUCAUGAGAAUCUCUCUCCAGAUAACCUCUCAGUUUUGCCUUGUGCACAUAAAUUCCAUUCUCAGUGCAUUAGACCUUGGUUGAUGCAACAGGGAACCUGCCCAACCUGCAGACUCCAUGUUUUGCUACCAGAAGAAUUUCCAGGUCACCCCAGCCGGCACUUGCCCAAGAUCUGAUUCAGCAGGGUGACUAUGCAAAGGAAGUUCAAUUUUCAGACUCCAGAAUUUAGUUUUCCACUUAUUUGAGCUAAUAGUAUGAGUGAUGUGAAG